AUGGAAUUGGCUUUACCAGUGGUUGGAGGAGAUAAUGUAUUUGUGACAUCAGCUGAUGUGGAGAAACGUGUCAGGGAAUUGAUGGAUUGUGGGGGAGGGAAGAGGGAAAUUGAUCAGGGAAAAAAUCCCAUGCAAAGAAAGAGGAAGCAAAACUAG